AUGAAUGUUUGUAUUUUAAAUGUGACUGUGCAUGGACUGGCUGCUCCCCCUGCCAUUGAGGAGAACAACCAAAGACGUCAGCGUCGACGUCAAUGCCAAGCACUGCUGCUACUGCUCUCUGUUGAUAUCCAUGCGGGAGAUCCUUUACACCCAAAAUUAAGUCCUAACUAUUCAUCCGCCUAUCAUCAUCUCCAUCUUCAACAACACCAACAACAAAUUAACGCCAUGAAUUCCGCCACAAUGCUGAUGCAUCAUCAGCAGCAACAACAACAACAGCAGCAGCAGGCCCAGCAGCAACAACAAAAUGGAGCACGUGACAGCAGUAGCAGUCGCGGUACAGAACGUGGUGAUGAACGCGGUACCAAUGGACGUUCAUCGCAUACCGGUCGGGGAUCCAGCUGUUCGCCAGCCUCAUCGCCCACACGUCAUGGCAAUGCCGUUAGUCCGGUCACCUCAUUGAAUCACAGUAUGAUGCAACAAAUGCAGCAACAACAACAGCAGCAUCAGCUAUCACCACCACCCCAUAUGGGUGGUGUGCCCACACCAAACGGUCUACCGGCCGGUUUACCGCCACGCAUGCCUCAUGGCCUGCCACCACAUUCUCUUGGGCUACUCAAUUCACUACAAAUGAUGCAUCAUGCCUCACCGUUGGAACUGAUGGCUGCCGCUCAUCAUCAUGUACCGCCACGAACCUAUAACAGUCCACCACCAAUUUCCACCUCAGACCCUAGUGCCAAUGAAUGUAAAUUGGUCGAAUAUCGUGGUCAAAAGGUUGCUGCUUUUAUAAUAAGCGGCGAGACAAUGCUGUGUCUGCCGCAAGCUUUUGAAUUGUUUUUGAAACAUUUGGUCGGUGGCCUACAUACGGUCUAUACGAAACUGAAACGCCUUGAUAUUGUACCGUUGGUAUGCAAUGUGGAACAGGUGCGAAUAUUGCGCGGUUUGGGUGCCAUACAGCCGGGCGUGAAUCGUUGCAAGUUGUUGUGUUGCAAGGACUUUGAUAUUUUAUAUCGCGACUGUACAACAGCAAGAUGCCUAUCAAUCAAGCCACCAGAGAGCUGGGCUGAAUUGAAGAUUGAUAUGAAAUCGCCACUCUUAGCAAAUGGUUAUAAUCCCCCGCCCAUUAAUCACAUGGCAUUUAUGCAGAUGAAUCAUCACCCUGGUUCGGCCCUAAUGUCACCCGGUAUGCCACCACAUGGGUUGCACACACGGCCCGAUAGUCAAAUGUUGAAGGCAGCUGCCCAAAGUGGUAUGUCAGCGGCAAAUAUGGAUGCCUUGGCUCGUUCGGGUAUAUGGGAGAAUUGUCGAGCGGCCUAUGAAGAUAUCGUCAAGCAUUUGGAAAGACUUCGUGAAGAACGCACCGAUGAACGUCAACAAAUGGGUGGUGGUUCAGCUUCCAGUGGUAUGGGUAAUGUGGAGCCCAAACCCAGAGAUUUAAGUUCACGUAAUUGUUCACCCAAUCGUCAAAGUCCUGUGUUAAAUCUCUCCAAAUCCGGCGGUAAUACAGAUCAGGGUAGCAAUUGUGAUGAGCGUAGUGAACGCAGUGAUAUGCAUUCGCCGGCCCAUUCGGUGCGAGACGAUAGCAUAGAACGGGCCAGUGGACGCAGUGCUAAUGACGGCGGCGGGGUGAAUGAUCGUAAUUUGGACGAUGAAGAUAUUGAAAAUAUGAGUGAUGAUAAUGUGUCCGAUGUCGAUGAUCGUAUGGUUAAAGAUGAAGAAGAUUUAAGUGAUGUUGAACGUGAUAACAUUUCCACCACCUCCUCCACCCAACGCCAUCCUCAUCAUCAUCUGCAACACAAUAUGCCCGCCUCAGCCGCUUCAAUGUCAGCCUCAGCAGCUGGUGGUGGCGGUAGCGGCGGCGGCAGCGGUAGCAGUGUUGAACGUAUUUCCAUUUCUGAUCGCGAUUCUACACAUCCUGCUUUACAACAUAGUUCACCAUCACAUCAGGCUGCUGCCGUGGCAGUAUUGCAACAUCAGAGGGCCCUGAAUUAUUCACAGUUGGCAGCAGCAGCAGCGGCGGCAAAUGGUGCAGUGAAUGGUCCCACUGGCGUGGUGCCUGGUUCAAAUAGUGUAGGUGGGGCAGGUGGUGCUCUAACACCCAAUGAAGCUUUGCAAAUGGCAACAGCUGAUGCUACAUCUGCUGCAGCCGCCUUGGCUGCAGGUGGUCUAUCGCUGGGACCCUUGGCAAUGGAUCCGGGGCUACCGUCUUCUACAGAAACAUUGCUGAGAAAUAUACAAAGUUUGCUGAAGGUGGCGGCAGAUAAUGCAAGGCAACAGGAGAGGCAGAUUACUUAUGAGAAAGCUGAAUUAAAAAUGGAUGUUUUACGCGAACGUGAAGUCAAAGAUUCAUUAGAAAGGCAAUUAGUCGAUGAACGGAAGUUAAGAGUUUUAUAUCAAAAACGCUACAGACGUGAACGUAAAUUGCGCAUUCGUUAUCAGCAGCAAGUGGAGGGCGGCAAACGUAAAUCGCCCAAUGCCACAGCAAAUGCCAGCAACAAUAACAAUAAUAAUGCUAACAGCAAUGCCAGUGGUGGCAGCAAUAACGCCGCCAACAAUAACAACAACAACAAUAUGAGCAUCAGCAAUAACAACUCAUCGGCAGUGGAGAGAUCGGCCUCAAUAAAUGAGGAUGUCCGGUCCAUAGAUUCAGCAUCGAUGCAUAGCAAACAUAGUGGCAGUAUAACCGAUUUGACAAGGAAAUCGGAGCAAGAUCAGGAUGGCAAACAAAGUGAAAAGUCUGAUAAAUCAUCAACCAACUCCUCUUUAAAUUCCCACAACACAAACGCGAACGCCAACGCCAACAACAACAAUAAUUUACAUCACACAGCCGAUAACAGCAAUGAUAGCCGCAUCCAUCAACAGCAACAGCAGUCACAACAACAACCAUCAUCACAACAUUUACGUACCCUCUCGGAAAGUCCAAGUUUUAAACGUGAACCCCAUUCCGAUCAUGAAUCACGUAGUGCCGAAGAUUUACCACCUCAACUAAGACAUUUGCAUCAUGCUGCUGCAGCAGCAGCCGCCGCCGCAGCUGCUGCCGCCUCCUCGGACAGUGAUCGUCAUUCUUCAUCGGAACAUCUCACUGAACGUUCAGAAGAUUUGGAUGAACGUCGUUCGGUGGAUCGUGAUAGUAAUCGGCCACCUUCAUCGCAUGCUGCCGAGAAUAGUUUGGCUGUUGCUGCCGCCGCUGCAGCAGCCGCAGCUGCCAAUGGCGGCAAGGGUCAAUGGAAUUAUCCCGGUAUUGAUUUAAUGGCUACCGGAGCUUUUUGGCAGAAUUAUUCGGAAUCCCUUGCCCAGGAGAUCGAAUUGGAGCGUAAGACACGUUCCGCCGGUGCUGAUCGUGAUGUAAAGAGCCCACUGGCUGAACGGCAAGCUGCUGCUGCAUAUUAUAAAAAUUCGGUAUUAUUUGGUGGUGCAAAUUAAUGU